UUGUGCUUCCAAAGUUUGUACAAGAUCUUUGCAUGCACGCUUGAAGUUUCACCUAUGGAUGGACAAACAUUAACUGAAGCAAUCCAUGCUCAUGGAAUUAAUGUUCGCUAUAUUGGAAAAGUGGCUGAUGGGACAGAACAUUUACCACAUUUGUGGGAUCUUUGUUCUAAUGAGAUUGUUGUUAGGUCUGCAAAGCACAUCCUCAAGGAUGUUUUGAGAGAUAGAGAGGAUCAUGAUAUUGCGCCAGCUAUAUCACAUUUCUUCAAUUGCUUUUUUGGAAGUAUUCAAGCUGUUGGCUCAAAAGUUGCUGCCAACAAUAUGCAGUCCAGAACCCACAAAAAGGACCAAGGAGGCCAUCAAUGUUCAGGAAAGCCUUCUAAGGGGCUAGGAAGGUUUAAAGGUGGGGCGUCUGCAAGGAAGAAUCAAUCAUCAUUUAUGAAUCUUAGCUCAGAAACUCUAUGGUCAGACAUACAAGAAUUUGCUAAACUCAAAUAUCAGUUCGAGUUGCCAGAGGAUGCAAGGUCACGUGUAAAGAAAGUUUUUGUUAUACGGAAUCUUUGCCUGAAGGAGAUAGAAAGUUUGGAUCUUUCCUACAAUGAUUUGAAUGGUAAAAUUCCACCUCAAUUGACUGAAAUGACCUCUCUAGCGGUCUUUAGUGUGGCACACAACAACCUAUCAGGUAUAACGCACAAUAAAAAAAAUCAAUUCAUUACUUGUGAUGAAAGCAGUUAUGAGGGGAACCCUCUCCUGUGUGGGCCUCCAUUAUAUAAUGGUUGCACCAAAAUGAGACGAUCAUCUACAGUGCCAGUGGAUAUUGAGGGGGAAGAAGGUGAUAGUUUCAUGGACAUGGGUAUCUUCUACAUAAGCUUUGUGGUGGCUUACAUAACAGUCUUGUUGGAAAUGGCUGCAGUUCUCUACUUAAAACCAUACUGA